UACUUCACCUGGCUCCUCUUUUUUUGUGUAGCAUAAACUUACUCUGUGACGCAUAUUAACCCAUUCUAUCCAUCUUAUCUUCCUCUGUGGUUUCUUUUAUAUUAGAUCACUGUGGUGCGCAAGAAACUUCAAGGAUAUGUUGGCUUUGCCAACCUGCCCAAUCAAGUUCACCGCAAGUCGGUAAAAAAAGGUUUCCAAUUCACCUGUAUGGUUGUCGGUGAAUCCGGUCUCGGCAAGUCUACAUUGGUCAAUACUUUAUUUAAUACGCAACUGUACCCACCCAAGGAGAAUGUGGAAUUGACGCAUGAAACCCCACAAACGGUGGAAAUUCAAUCCAUCACUUCCGAUAUCGAAGAAAAUGGCGUCAAGUUGCGUUUGACCGUGGUGGACACACCUGGCUUUGGUGACUUUGUCAAUAACGAAGAAAGCUGGAAACCUAUCCUUGACAGCAUCGAGUCACGCUUUGAUGCUUAUCUUGAACAAGAAAAUCGCGUUAACCGUCGCCGAAUGGUCGACAAUCGUAUUCACGCUUGUAUCUACUUCAUUACCCCCACCGGUCACGCAUUGAAGCCUCUCGAUAUCGAGUUCAUGCGUCGUCUUCACACCCGUGUGAACCUGAUUCCCGUGAUUGCGAAGGCUGAUACGCUCACCGAAGAAGAAGUGUUGGCUUUCAAACAACGCAUCUUGGCCGAUAUCAACUACCAUCAAAUCCAGAUUUACCAAGCUCCCGUCUACGAGUACGACGACAAGGAAACCAUUGCUGAAAACCGUGAAAUCAUGUCCAAGAUUCCAUUCGCCGUUGUCGGUUCCGAUAAGGAGUUUGAAGUGGAAGGUGGACGUCGUGUCCGUGGUCGUAGAUAUCCUUGGGGUGUGAUCGAGGUCGACAAUGAAGAACACUGUGACUUUGUCAAGCUCCGACAAAUGUUGAUUCGUACUCAUAUGGAAGAGCUCAAGGAGUAUACCAACGAUGUUCUCUAUGAAAACUACCGUACCGAAAAGUUGACCGCUAUGGGUAUUCAGCAAGAUCCUUCGGUCUUCAAGGAAGUCAACCCUGUGCAAAAGAUGGAAGAAGAACGUAUUGCUCACGAACAAAAACUGGCCAAGAUGGAAGCGGAAAUGCGUGCCGUGUUCCAAGCCAAGGUGCAAGAAAAGGAGGCCAAGUUGAAGCAAUCCGAAGAAGAACUGUAUGCGCGUCACAAGGAAAUGAAGGACGCACUCGAGAAGCAACGUCUGGAAUUGGAAGAGAAGAGACGUCGUUUGGAAUCUGGCAGACCCAUGACACCCGAGAAGUCUGCAAAGAAAAAGGGCUUCUCCUUUAACAAAUAAGAUGGCUCUCUUUCUUUCUUAAUAGAAGUCUAAUUCCAAAUAAGAUAUCCUAGCACCCUUAGUUUUCUUCUUCUUU